AUGUUCGAUGAUGUACUCGUGUCUGUGUUGAUUGCAAAUCACACCUCUGUUCCCUUUUCGCCUGCUACUGGCGUAUUGCAGGGUUCAGUGCUCAGCCCUCACUUGUACUCUCUGUACAUCAACUCUCUGCCUGCUGUUCUUCGUUCUGCUGUCAGUCGCGGUACUAUGGUAUCACCACCUGGGAUGCCUAGUGUUUGCGUGAAUAGCCUGCUCUUUGCUGAUGAUGUGGCCAUAUUUGGCUCUCGUACUGAUGUGCAAACCAUGUUGGAUAUCGCUUCAGAUCACUCGUUCUCUCUUGGCUACAGGUGGAAACCAUCAAAAUGUGCUGUACUUUGUGCUCCUACUGCCUCUACUCGUCAUCCAUUGUCUCUAUACGGUGA